AUGUCCGGAUCAGGAAUCAAGACUGUAUUUGGUGGAGCUAGUGUUGGCUUUGGUACCUUCAAGACUGUUGAGCAGUGUGAUGAGGUGUUCAAGAUUCUCAAGGCCCACGGUGUCGACACCAUCGACACAGCACAAUUGUACGGUUCAAGUGAGCAGAUCCUAGGAGAAGCCAAAGCUGGUGAGCAGUUCAUCAUCGACUCCAAGACUCCCGGAGGUUUAAACCCACCUACCAACACCAAGGCUCUGAUCCUCGAGAAUGGCCACGAGAGCACAAAGAAACUAGGAACGUCUAUCAACGUCUUCUACAUCCACGCACCAUCUGCAAGCGAGCCGAAUGCCGACGUCCUUUCAGCUAUCAAUGAGCUCUACAAAGCCGGCGUCUUCAAGAAGUUCGGUCUCUCCAACUUUGCAGCCGGUGACGUCCAGGCCGUGUACGACUACUGUGAGAAGAAUGGAUUCGUCUUGCCCACUGUCUAUCAAGGUAACUACUCUCCUGUCGCCCGUCGCCAGGAUACUGAGCUCCUUCCCACACUUCGCAAGUUGGGUAUCUCCUUCUACGCCUACAGCCCGCUCGCCGGCGGAUUCUUGACCAAGUCCAAGCAAGAAGUCCUGGAUGGCAAGGGAAGAUUCGGUCUCGAGGGCAUCGGAGCCAUCUACAACAACAUGUACUCGAGACCUCUCCUCUUGGACGCGCUUGCACGAUGGGAGAGGAUUGCCAGCGAGGCAGGUGUUCCUCGUGCUGAAUUGGCAUACCGUUGGGUCAAAUACAACUCCGCCUUGAAGCCUGAACACGGAGAUGCAGUCAUUGUUGGUUCUAGCAGUACCGAGCAGUUGGAGCAGACUCUAGAAGGUCUCGAUCAUGGUCCUCUGCCUGCUGAGGUGGUGGAGAAGAUCGACAGUGUCUGGGAGACGAUUAAGCAUGUCGCACCUCUGGACAACUUUGCCGAUGGCAUGAAGCCUUCUUAG